AUGGCAUUUUCCGACAAGGAGCUUAUGACGACGGAUUAUAUGAUUCAAUGUUCAAGACGUCAUUGCAAUAAUCUCCCUCCCGGAAUAGUUACUGGCUUUGAAUGGAAAGAUUAUUGUCCUAAAUCUUUCAGACUUAUUCAAGAGCUUGAAAACAUCGAUAACGAUGACUACAUGAUGCUAGUUUGUAGUGAUGAAACUAUUAAGCAAGUGACGUCUACAAUGAGACCUGGAAACAUGUUCCUUUUCUCUAACGACUCUCGAUUUGCCAUUAAAACACUAAGGAAAUCUGAACUUAAGGUUCUCUUGGAAAUGCUUCCAAGCUACUAUAGCCAUAUCAAAAGGUUUCGAAGCACAAUAUUGAACAAGUUAUAUGGAGCUCAUGUGGUGAAACCAGCCGGAGGUACUAAGGUUUAUUUUGUGGUUGUGGCAAACAUAUUCAAGUCAGAUUUGUUGAUGCAUCGAUGUUAUGACCUCAAAGGUUCAUUACAAGGUCGAAAAGUCGAAAAAAUGCGAUACCGAGAGAAAACUCUACAUAAGGAGUCUGAUCUUGAUUUCUUAUUUUACCUUGAACCUUUGGUUCGACAAAGGCUUUUGAAACAAAUCAAAUAUGAUUGUGCUUUCCUAGAGGCUGCAGGCAUCAUGAAUUACAGCCUCAUGCUUGGCUUGCAUGUAAAAGGAUCACAUCAAGCAAUGACGGUUUCAGGGUUUGAAGGUUUUAAGAAGCAGUUGGAACUUCAUUUCUUUAGUGUUGAUCCAUUGAAUUCAACAAGCAAAUACAGUACAACCAACAUCAUGGACAUUAUCUCUAAUACCUCUUUCUCUGAGAAUGAAGCAUCAGAAGUGAGUUUUGGUGAUCAAUGGCUACAAAACAAUAGUUGCAAGUUUGGUGAAGAACUAGAUGCACGUGGUGUUCGCAUAUCAAAGAAUGGAACAGGAACAUUAUCAUGUCAAAAUUUUACAGUGAUAGAGUGCUAUGAUGUUCUUUUGUGUUUUGGGAUAGUGGAUUUUUUCCAAAAUUACAAUGUCAUCAAGCGAAUUGAGCAUGCCUACAAGUCAUUGCAAUUUGAUCGAAAGAUGAUUGCAGCUGUAAAUCCCAAAAUAUAUUCUUCUCGUUUUCAAGAGUUUAUUAGUGACAUAUUUAAAGCAGAUGAACCUCUCAAUUGA